GCUGGAGAGUGCAGGCAGUAAUGGAGGCUCCGUCGUGUUUGUAGUAAACAAACUCAAACCCAUUCAACCGGUUAAAAACCAAGAGUUACAGCACGGACUCACACACGGCUGAUUAACGAUGGCUCCUAAGAAGCGGUCGAGCGGAGGCGGUGCGAACAAAGAUCAGCCGGUGAGCAGUAAGAGAAGUUCUUCAUCUUCAUCAUCACCAUCAUCAUCAUCCUCCCCACCACCACCGGCUUCAUCUGCGGUCAGCGGGGCCGGAGAGACCCGGAUCCUCUCCCCGGAACAGCACAAGGAUAAAGAUCCAGAUUUUGUGACCCUUUGUAAGGAUCUGUCUGUGUCCAACUCGGUGUGUGAUCAGGCAUGGAAAGUGUGGGAGUCAGUGUCCAGGUCUUCAGUUAGAAUCACUGAAGCGAACCAGCAGCAGUGGGGAGUGUGUGUGUUCAUCUCUGCAGUGGAAAUGGAUGACGUUGGCUUCACCUUCACACAGUUUCAGAAAGCUGUCGGUCUGAGUGUGAAGCAGUUCCUCAGCCUGAUAAGAAAGCUGGAUGAAAACGUGGAUACCAUAAGCCCUAAAGUCAACUCGGCUGUAACCAGACUCGACAAGAAAUACGAAGUGUCACUGGCUCUCUAUCAGAGAUUUGUUAAAACGUGCACUAAAAUCUACUCGGUGCCUGAUGAAGCCCAGAGACAAGAGCUUCAGCGGGGUAGCUGGGUCAUGUUCCUCCUGGUAAAAGGGAGUGUUUUGCAGAUGGAGGAUGACCUGGUGAUCGCCUUCCAGUUACUGUUGUGCGUGCUGGAGUUCUACAUCAAGCGCUGUCCAUCGUCUCUCCUCCAGCCUCUGUACAAAUCAGCCGUCGGCGAUGCCGCCCAGAGCCCGCCGACUCGCACUUCGAGACGCAACCGAUCCAAGACCCGGCCACCUGACAUGGACGCGCAGUUACUGGAGACGCUGUGUAAAGAGAGCGACUGCAGCGUGGACGAGGUGAAAAAUGUUUACCAAAGCAGUUUCUCUGCCUUCGUUGUCUCGAUGGGCUUGUCGGGAUCUCAGGAGCAUCCAGAGGUGGAAACUCUAUCCAAAAAAUACGAAGAACUUUACAAUAAAAACAAGGACUUUGAUGCUCGGCUGUUUUUAGUUGAUGAUGAGACUCUCAGCCCCAAUAAACCAGAAGUAGUAAAGGUGGACAUGACUCCCAGAAAGAAUUUCUCUGGAGAGGAUUGUGCUCCCCUUCCACCACAGACCCCAAUCAGAGCUGCUAUGAAUUCAAUUCAGCAAUUGAGGGGCGAGCUUACCUCAGUCAGUGACCGACCGUCUGCCAACCUUAUUGUUUACUUCAAGAACUGUACUGUGGACCCAUCAGAAGAAAUCACUAAGCGUGUUGAGCAGCUUGGUCAGAUAUUCAGCCAGAAGUUUGCUCAGGCUGUUGGUCAGCGCUGUGAAGGCUUGGGCAAAAAGAGAUUCACACUCGGUGUCCAGCUUUACUACAAAGUCAUGGAGUCUAUGCUGAAAUCGGAAGAGAAAAGACUCUCCGUGCAAAAUUUCAGUAAACUUCUCAAUGAUGCUAAGUUCCAUACCUCACUGCUUGCUUGUGCGCUGGAGGUCAUCAUGGCAACUUAUGUUGGUGGUUCUCUGAACAGUGGGGUUAGUGACUCUCCUGAGAUGAACCUGUGCUUCCCCUGGAUCCUGAAAGUUUUCCAGCUUCAUGCGUUUGAUUUUUACAAAGUGAUCGAGAGCUUCAUCAAGGCCGAGCCCUCCCUGAAACACGAGAUGAUCGAACACCUGGGCCGCUGUGAGCAACAGAUCAUGAAGAGCCUCGCGUGGAAAACGGGUUCUCCGUUGUUUGAGCUUCUGAGUCAGGCGCAUGAGGAGGGGUCCGGGGAGCAGGCAGAGCCCCCGGCCAUGUUAAACCAGCCGCUACAGCACAACCACACUGCUGCCGAUCUAUACCUCUCCCCCCUCAGGCUGAGCCAUCGCGUCCAGAUAGCCGAGGCAGAGAUCCCAACCGUUUCGCCGGCCCCGCCCUCGGCCCCCGGCACCAGACAGCUCCGCUCCAACUCGCUCAGCCUCUUCUACAAGAAGUUGUACAGAAUGGCCUACCUGCGGCUACAGAAGCUUUUCUCUGCACUGCUGACCUCUCACCCUGAGCUGGAGGCCAUCAUCUGGACUCUGCUGCAGCACACGCUACAGAACGAGUAUGAGCUGAUGAGGGACCGACACCUCGACCAGCUCAUGAUGUCUGCCAUGUAUGCCAUAUGCAAAGUGAAGAACGUGGAUCUGCGCUUUAAGUCGAUCGUUACGGCUUACAAAGAGCUUCCCAACACAAACCAGGAGACCUUCAAGAGUGUGCUGAUCAGGGAGGGUCAGUAUGAUUCCAUUAUCGCCUUCUACAAUCAGGUGUUCAUGCAGAAACUGAAGACCAACAUCCUGCAGUACGCCUCGCCUCGGCCACCCCCUCUGUCUCCUAUACCCCAUAUCCCCCGGAGUCCUUACAAAUACCCCAGCUCGCCUCUGCGGGUGCCUGGUGGGAACGUCUACAUCUCUCCUUUGAAAAGCAGUCGCCUGACUCCAGGUGCCAUGACUCCCAGAUCCAGGAUUCUCGUAUCAAUCGGAGAGUCGUUUGGGACACCGGACAGGUUCCAGAAAAUCAAUCAGAUGGUUAGUAGCGCGGAUUGGCCGCCGAAGAGGAGUCUGGAGGGACCGUCCAACCCCAAACCCUUGAAGAGAUUACGCUUCGAUGUGGACGGACAGGAUGAAGCGGAUGGAAGUAAAUCCAGUGGCGAGUCGACGCUGAUCCAGAAGCUGGCAGAAAUGAAUUCCGCUCGCAACCGCAUGCAGGAACAGAAACUAAAGGAGGAGGCUGAACGAGACGACCCGGAGCCCUGAAGGAACGACCCGAGUACUGCGUGCACACAGUCUGUUUUAACUCGUCAGAAUUCAGUUUUAAUCCUUCUUUUAAGUUAAUUAUGAUCCAAUGACACAUUUUUAAGAAGAUCGGCCUAUCAACAAAUAUUUUAAAUAGAUGCAGUGUCAUAGAGCAGUUUAUCUUUUUUUUAGUAAUAUUUUUUUUAAAUGCCCAUGUCAUCAUAAUGCUGUGGUUAAUAAUUGGACGUGUCUUAGAUCCACUGGUCUGAUAUCCAGUACACACUACAUGACUCGAUGGCAGAUUUUCCAGUUACACAGAGCUUCCUACAAGUAAACAAGUCUAAAAGAAAAUGAACAAAUUACGAUGUAACACAGAGCUCACAGUACAUUAUUGAUGCAUUUUCUCCCAUUUUGGCAUAGUCGGUUUGUCCUCCGCUGCUGGGGGAUCUCUGAUUGCAGUCGAGGUGGGUAUAUUGCUGCUCACGCCUCCUCCGACCCGCACGCAGCCCUCAGCGGAACCCUUUUCCACCCAUGCACUCUUCACAGGCGCCUCUCUAUCUGCCAAUCAGAAUUCUUACACUGCGUUUGAAGACCACACCCACAUAGUCCGGUCAUCCCUCCCUAGCAGAACCGUGUCUGCUGCAGGCACUGCCAAUUAUGCCCGCUAGAUGGCGCCCAGUAGACCGGUGGCAACGUCGAGUUUCGAACCGAGGAGUGAAGUAUCUGGGCACUGGUGUGCUAGCGGAGUGUCCUGCUGCGCCACUUGGGCGCCCUUAAAAACACAUUCUGAAUUCCCUGCUAUCGGCCGGCUGGGCGCCCUCUAGUGGGCACAAUUGGCAGUGCCUCCAGCGGAGGACUAAUUGGCUACAUUAAGUUUGGGAAAAAAAGGUAGAAAAUGUAUUAAAAAGGACCCUUUUUUUACUUUCUAGCAAAUAAACAAAAUACAGACACGAAAUCAGUAGCUAAAAAUGGGCUUUGUGAAUCAUACAUGAAUCCAGCUAUUAAAUAUAAACUUUAUAGAAUCAUAUAUGCGAUUUGUUUAUUUGCUACGUAGUAAAAUACCUGGGUAAAGAUCCUUAAAUUGUGGGGAUUCCAUCAUGUUUGCCAGAGGUUGUAGUAUAACCCUGAGUUCAACUAAUAAUGGUAUACCUACUAUUGUGAUAAUACUAUGAUAUUUGGGACACAGUUUUUCAGUUUACUGGCAGUAGCAGCACUUCACCUUUGCUCUGAAAGUGCUUCAGCAUGGAAUCCAGUCAUAUUUAAGAUGGGGCACUAAAUGCCCUCUCUGCUGCCCUCUUAUGUUCCCGUUACAGACGCAGCAGUUAAAAAGAGGUGGUGGCUGCUAUAAAGUCUCAGAAUGAGCAUGUACCAACAAACACACUCUCGGGUUUAAUAUCUUUUAUGCCAUUUAAAUAAACUGUGCCAGUGUGUGAGGAGUUUAUUAUUAAUAAAUGAAAUUAGAGGUUCUGAGGAUUUUUUAAUCUUCCUGAGCUGCCUGCAUUAUUUUUUGUUAUUAAAUAUGCAAACCUGUGCAUUCCUCAUUGAUACACGCCUAACUAUUAGAUAAUAUGAAAUAUCCAUGUUAUUUUAGAUCAUGUAUUGAUGGGCACAGUAUUGCUUUGUUCUAGAAGGCAGAACCCUGUCUCUCUCUUCAGUGUGUAGCAACGGUCUUAACACCCCAGACUGUGGGACGCAUUAACUGGUUUAUUUGUGUUUUAGGAUUAACAGAAAGUGUUUGUUUUAUCAUAUGAUGGAUUUUUAUGAAUUAAAUGACGUCUACGUUGCUCUUUUUAAUAUAUUAGGAUUUGUUUUUUGCUUCCUGGAUAGAAGUUUUUGGUUUGGUGAUUGAAUUUUAGGUCGUUUUUACCUACUUUUGUAACGAGUGCUUUUUGUCAAAAGCUGUUUUGUUAUUAAAUGACCCGAAUGUUUGAGUGUGUUAUGAUUGAUCGUCUUUUAGGAAAAUAAAAUGUUGUACAAACAAUUAUAA